AUGUGUCCCAUCGACGUUACCUCCGCGAUCGCCGAUAGGCUCUUAACCACGGUCUACAACCGCGUAAAGAUUGCCGCACUCACGCGAUACAAAGUGGGUGAUUCGGUACGCGUGAGCAAAUUCAAGACAGUCCUUGAUAAAGGUUACACGCCGAAUUGGAUCACGGAGGUGUUUGAAAUUAUCAAAGUGCAGCAAAGUAAUCCAGUGACGUAUCUAUUGGAAGAAUCUAGCGGGGAGCCUAUCGCUGGAAGAUUCUACGAAUACGAAUUGCACAGCGUCGCUAACCCCGAUGUGCAUCUUAUUGAAAAGGUAUUGCGCAACAGGAGGAACGAGUUUCACGUGAAAUGGUUGGGAUUCGCACAAUUCGUGGAUACAUAA